AGAGAGAGAGAGAGAGAGACCACUCCUCUAGUCCUCUUCCAUCUCUUCCUGUCUCUCUCCUUCGCUGCUUUCUCCCCUCUCCCACUCGCUUGUCAGCGGCAGCUUGCAGCACAGGGAAAGCAAAAGCUUGCAAAGGCCAGGGCCAGCCAUCCCUCCUCACUCACGUACGUCACGUGUAGAGCAGCGGAGCAGGCUCGCAGCUAGCUCCGCCGGGUCCGCCGCCUCCCCGGGAUUUCACCGCGACGACGCCAAAAGAAAGCGAGCUUUUGGUCGCAAUCCCUUGGAACAUUGCGCGGCGAGGAGGAGCGUGCACAGAUCUGCCACGCUCCAUCACCUGCCGCCUGCGCCGCACCCCACCUGCGCCGCUGAAGAGCUGCCGCCGCGCCCAUUGCCUGCCCAGUGCCCGAGCACAGAGCUCGCUACCUCACCUCACCUCAUCUCAGGUUCUGCCAUGCCAUGCCAUGCCAGGCGACUCCCGCCGCCGUCCAUUAUGCAUGCCCUAGCUCUCCGCGGUUUCCGCCGUGUCGCGCUGCGCCGCGCCCACCGCUGCUAGGGACACGCAGAUAGCACCAAGCCCGGCAGCGAGGAGGGGCCUCGGAGAAGCUGAAAAGGGGCGCGCCCGCUCCUAGCUCCGCCGCGCAGCGUAGCGGCAUAGCGAGGAGGGCCGGACGCCUACGCGUACAUCCGUCCGUGGGUGCGCGCGCGGCCUGUGCUGCCAACGCCGGAUCGACAUGACGCUGGAAGCUAUGUGCGCGCCAUGUACCAGCAGCGACGUCCUCGUCUACGACACCUUCAACGCCGCAGCCGCAGCCGCAGCCGCCGCGUCGCCCGGGAGCUUCCUGUUCGGCAAUGCGCCGGGGGUGGAGCCGUUCCCGGCGCCGGCGGCGCCGCCGGACGCGGAGGGGGCGAACAGGGUGCAGCAGCAGGGGAGGAGGAAGCGGCGCCGGCGGCAGAGGACCGUCAAGAACGCCGAGGACGCCGAGAGCCAGCGGAUGGCCCACAUCGCCGUCGAGCGCAACCGACGCCGCCAGAUGAACGAGUACCUCGCCGUGCUCCGCUCGCUCAUGCCGGAGUCCUACGUCCACCGGAGCGACCAGGCGUCCAUCGUCAGCGGCGCCAUCGAUUUCGUCAAGGAGCUCGAGCAGCAGCUGCAGUCCCUGGAGGCGCAGAAGCUGGCGCUGCAGCAGCAACGCGGCGGCACGGCGUCGGAACGCGGCGCGGCGCGAGCGCCGCAUCGCGAUCCCACGGCCGCGACCAACAGCUCCGCGAGCGUGGCCGGGGAGGCGGCGGCGGCGGAGCGGGCCCCGUUCGCGCGGUUCUUCAGGUACCCGCAGUACGCGCGGCGCCACGCGCCGCCGCGGGAGGAGAGCGGCGCCGGCGCGGAGGAGGCGAGCCGGGCCUCGGCCUCCGCGGUGGCGGACGUGGAGGUGGGCGUGGUGGUGGACGCGCACGCCAGCCUCCGCGUGAUGGCGCGGCGGCGGCCGGGGCAGCUGCUGAAGAUGGUGGCCGGGAUGCAGGCGCUCGGGCUCGCCGUGCUGCACCUCAACGUGACCGCCGCGCCCGCCGGGCUGGCGCUCUACACGCUCAGCCUCAAGGUGGAGGAUGGGUGCGGCCUGACGGCGGCGGAGGACAUCGCCGCGGCGGCGCACCACGUGCUCUGCAUCAUCGACGCCGAGGCGGCGCAGCAUCAGCGGCUGCUGCUCGCUCCCGGCGCGGGUCAGCCGGACCUCUAGUCAGUACAAAGCCCACCGCCUCCCGCCGCCCACCGGUGAGGUAUUCUGGCGCAACGCGGCGCGGGCGAGCCGGAGCACGGGACUGCCGGCGGCUGCUCAUCGUCCGCGUGACAUUUUGUGAAGCGCAGCGGCCAGUAGGGGCCUGGUGGCGUGUGUAACCGCAAUAACGGAUGUAGAAGGGCAGUGGCAUGCUUGAUCUGCAAUAAAAUGCAGGUUCGUUUGA